GAAGCACUGAAAUUAAAUCCCCGUGGGGGAAGCGGGGGCAGGCAAAAAGAAAAGAAGCGGUAAUGCCGGGAAUUGGUAGCAACAACAAAAAAGUAAAGCUAUUCGCAAUAAUAUUAAUAACGGGCUAAUUUGCAACAACGAUGCAUAACAAUACCGACUUGGCCGAUUUUUGUAACUUUGCUUGCGUAUAUUGUACCAAACGGCCCUCGUUGGCGGCUUGCAAGGCCAAAAUAACGUGCCCGCAAAGCAGCCCGUACGUUGUUGUAAUUGUGCAAGCACAAGGAAAGGCAAGGGAAGGGAGGGCGGGAAAGUUGCUGCCGGCUUCGUUAGGUGCCUCCUCCGUUUCCCGUAAAGCAAAAAAAUCGUCGUAUUGGGCCUUUCAAUAUAGCCGCAAGCAUUUAAAAACGGUAGCGAGGUCGCCGCUUAACUUGUUAAUAAAAAGCUUUAUCCUUGCAUGCAAGGAUUUAACGAUCGAAAUGGCCUUUAAAGGUUUGGAGCCUUUUUUCGUAUAUACGAUCCGUAAGGGAAGCGAAAAGGUCGUUCCAAGCUUAAAGGAAGGCUUAAAAGGAUUUGUGCCGUACCCAAUAACCGCCGGGGCCAGGCUUUUUUUGUGCGCGGGGGAAAAAGGGCUUGGUUUUGGCAAGCACGUUUAUAUUAACGUACCAUUUGCAAAGGAGCUUAGGCACCGCGUACAGCCUUGCAUCGCGUCGAUUGCUUAUAAAAAGGAAUCCUCCUUUUCGUUAUUUACAAAUACGGUAGCGAAAGAAAAGCUUUUCCGUAUAAAUAAAAUACCGCAUAUAUUAAGCAUGGGAAAGUUAAAUUUGUUGCAUAAGGCCAAAUUAGCGCUAUCAAUUAAUAAGGGGUAUGGCAUGCCGGGGGAUUAUAUUGAAAAGCUAUUAAAUUGGCGUGCGCCCGGCCAAUUUGCACCUUCGUUGGCGAGAAUCCGUCCUUCCCAAACUUGCAAGAACUUCCGCUUAAAGCUCGAAAAGGCGGCAGGGUCGUCGGCGAAAGGGUGGUUGUGUUUAACGUCGCUUCAUUUUUUACAAUUUGGAUUUUUAAAAUACGUAAUGCUGGUUAAGUUGUUACAUAUUGAAAUCAUUAUAUUAAAAAUUAAAAAUAUUACCCCGCUGAAGCACCCGCUAUAA